AUGUUGAUGCUAGAUGAUCAAAAGCGACAAAAUKAUCUGGUAGAAUUUCUUGGACAGUUCAGUGAAUCGCAAAACGAAAUUAAAACAAAAAGGGUGCCAAAAAAAUUGGAGAACAGAUGUGCAUGUUCAAAAAAGCAUUUUAAAAAAUGGGAAAAUUCAUUGAAAUUAAAGUAUAUUGCGAAAUUGGCAAUUCCAAAACCAGUUCGUCUUAGGCCUUGGCCAAAUCCAGAGUUGGAAGCAGUUUUGCCAUUACCAGUGAUUAAGGCCACAUUAACUGGUAAAAUCCCAAAUAGAAUAUACAAAUUAGCUGUUCCAAAAAUCCGACCUAAGGUAUCAAUAGAUUUAGUUUAUCAAAAGUUAUCAUCAAACAAUGCCGUGAAUAAAUAUAGGAAAUCUAAUGAUAAGCUAAAAACUCGAGAAAGAAUUCUAGAACUUGCAAAACCAAAACCUAAAAUUAGGCAUGUACACGCUAGAUGUCUAAAAUCUGAACAUCCGGAAAGACUUUAUAGUAAAUUUAAUAAAUCUUCGAUAAAUAACAAUUCAGAUGAUUGGAUUAAACAUCAGAAGUGGCUUAAGAAGAAUGCAGCACCUAAAAGAAUAUUUAGAAGAUUACCUGAGGUAAAAAGACGAUCAAAAAUGACAAAAUCACAAACAGAUAUAAUGUUGAAUAGACUGUCUACAGUACCAAAACUUAAACGAUUUGUUAAAAAAAUGAUUAUUAGAACAACUGAACCAAGACCAUUUGGUCAAAUAACACCUAUGGGUCUAGACUGGGUUCAGCGGUUAUCGGUACCAAGAAAGUUAUCCUCGGAAACACAAUUGAAUUUGGAUUAUGAUCCCGGUUUCAUUCCUAAAUCUGCCUUAAACGCAAUAUUGACGCCACGUAUAAAAGAAUUAGCUGAACCAAAAUUUAAUAUAAAAAAAGUCAACACAGAGUUUAAAGAAAAUGCAUUCAAAAUAUCACCUACUGCGUUGAAAUAUAAAGCCAGUAAACGCAUAAAAAAAUUGGCAAUGCCACGUAUUUCUUCUGAAGAAUACAGAAAUAAAAAUUUAAAACAAGUAGCAUACAAUGAACUGGUUGAAUAUUUAAAAAGCAAUGGAAUGGCCGAUAUGACUAUAAAAGAAGUGAAAUCGAAAAUACAAAACAUCAGGUGUAUGGUGAGGAAAGAAAGCAGCAAAGUUAAGACAUCUAAAAGAAGUGAAAAUGGCAGGAUAUGA